UUCAGCACCACACACAGGCGGACAGCACCAGCGAGCGUCAGCUGACGCCCUGGCCCGGCUGGAAGCGCCUUCCUCCCGUCCGACGUCUACAGCUCCCCCGCCCCCGCCUCUCGCCUCCUGCCGCCGGGACACAAGAAAGAAUGGCUUUCGCCCUCUGCGUCUGGACCCUGGCCGGGCUCACGGGCACCCUGUCAAUCUCCACUGAAGAACGGCUGGUGAUCCACCUCCUGAACCCAGCCCACUACAACAAGCUGAUUCGCCCAGCAACCAACCUGUCACAGCUGGUGUCUGUCCAGCUGAUGGUGUCUCUGGCACAGCUCAUCAGUGUGCAUGAACGGGAGCAGAUAAUGACCACCAAUGUCUGGCUGACACAGGAGUGGAAUGACUACCGACUGAUGUGGGACCCUGCUGAGCAUGAGGGGAUCGAGAAGGUCCGCCUCCCGUCCACGCACAUCUGGCUGCCGGACGUCGUCCUUUAUAACAAUGCGGACGGCUCGUACGAGGUGUCCUUCUACUCGAACGCGGUGGUGUCCCACGACGGCAGCGUGUUCUGGCUGCCGCCGGCCAUCUACAAGAGCGCGUGCCGGAUCGAGGUGAGGCACUUCCCCUUUGACCAGCAGAACUGCACCCUGCGCUUCCGCUCCUGGACCUACGACCGCACUGAGAUCGACCUGCUGCUGCGCUCGGACCAGGCCAGCCUGGACGACUUCACGCCCAGCGGCGAGUGGGACAUCGUCGCCCUGCCCGGCCGGCGCAACGAGGACCCGGCCGACCGCGCCUACGUAGACAUCACCUACGACUUCAUCGUGCGCCGCAAGCCGCUCUUCUACACCAUCAACCUCAUCAUCCCCUGUGUGCUCAUCACCUCGCUAGCCAUCCUGGUCUUCUACCUGCCCUCAGACUGCGGCGAGAAGAUCACCCUCUGCAUCUCCGUGCUGCUGGCCCUCACCGUCUUCCUGCUUCUUAUCUCCAAGAUCGUGCCGCCGACCUCGCUGGAGGUGCCGCUGAUCGGCAAGUACCUGAUGUUCACCAUGGUGCUGGUCACCUUCUCCAUUGUGGCCAGCGUCUGCGUCCUCAACGUGCACCACCGCUCCCCCGCCACCCACGCCAUGCCGCCAUGGGUGAGGGACGUCUUUCUCCACCGCCUGCCCACCCUGCUUCUCAUGCGGCAGCCCCAGGAGGGGUGCGCCGGGCAGCGGCUGCGGCAGCAGUGGGCCCGGCCAGGGAGGCUGCCGGGCCGCUGGGGGAGGAGGUGGCCACCCCGGGCGCAGGAGGCGCUGGGUGGCUUGGAGUUCAUCGCCGCUCACGUCCGGAGCGAGGAUGAGGAGAGGAGUGUGAUCGAGGACUGGAAGUUUGUUGCUAUGGUGAUUGACCGCCUCUUCCUGUGGAUUUUUGUGGUGGUGUGUGUCUGCGGCACCACCGGCAUGUUCCUCCAGCCGCUCUUCCGGAACCUGGCGCUCGAGGGGUUAACUCCAGCCAGUGCACCAGCCAAGGUUUAGUGUCCAGCCCCUCCUCACCUCUCCUCCAAGUUCAGAGUCACCUUUAUUAUCACUGACCAAUGACGUGAAGUUUGUUGUUCUGCGGCAGCAGGACAGAGCAAGACCUAAAAAUUACUACAAGUUACAAAAAUAAAAAUAUAGGGCAGAAGAGGAGUAACGAGGUUCAUGGGUUCAUGGACCGUUCAGAAAUUUGAUGGCGGAGGGGAAGAAGCUGUUCCUGAAUCGUUGAGUGUGGGUCUUCAAGCUCCUGUACCUCCUCCCCGAUGAGUGUCACGGGUGGUGAGGGUCCUCAGUGAUGGAUGCCGCCUUCUUGAGGCACCGCCUCCUGAAGAUGUCCUUGAUGGCAGAGAGGGUUGUGCCCGUGAUGGAGCUGGCUGAGUCUACAACCCUCUGCAUCCUCUUGCGAUCCUGUGCAUUGGAGCCUCCACACCAGGCGGUGAUGCAACCAGUCAGAAUGCUCUCCACUGUACAUCUGAAGAAAUUUGCAAGACUCUUUGGUGACGUACCGAAUCUCCUCAAGCUCCUCACAAAGUAGAGCCACUGGUGUGCCGCCUUUGUAAUUGCAUCAGUGUGUUGAGCCCGGGAUAGAUCCUCUGGGAUGUUGACACCCAGGAACUUGAAGCUGCUCACCCUUUCCAUCGCUGACCACUCAGUGAGGACUGGUGUGUGUUCUCCCGACUUCCCCCUGCUGAAAUCCACAAUCCUUGAUCUUGCUGACGUUCAGUUGUUGUUGCAACACCACUCAACCAGCCAAUCUAUCUCAUUCCUGUACGCCUCCUCCAAGCUUCUCCCUCGCAUAAAUCUUCUCACCCACCCUUGCUGGUCCGACAUGACAAAUGCCCUCCCUUCCUCACCGGCCCUCCCGCUGCCCGGUCUUCCCCUCCAGCUUGUGAGCCAACCUCAGAUGGUAGCUUCUCAACCAACUGGGGGUGCCACUCUCAGCCACCUCAGUGUAACCAAGAGGAUCGACCCUUCACCUGCUCAAUGGGCUGACCGUUGAAUGAGGCAGAAGAGGACUUGAGUGAAGACAGGAUGAACACACCCAGAUAACGGCGAUACAACCUUCAAUGUAACCGACCAUCUCCCAAAACCACUGCAGGUUCCCACUCGAGGCAGGAGGGAUGGAGUGAGAUCUCAGAACAUUGAUGGAGCUUUACUCUGCGUCAAACCCUGUCCAAGGAGUGCAGUACAGGAUAGUGAUGAGAGCUUUACCCCAUGUCAGACAGUAUUAACUCUGCCUUGGGAGUGCACAAGGAUGCAGUGCAGAGAAUAUUCGACUCCUUAUCAAACAAACCUGUCUGGGAACGUGCAGUGGGCUAGUGUCGGGAGAGGCUCACUCAAACAUUACCGGCAGUGUGGUGGGGAGCUUAAUUCUGCCUCUCAAUCAGCCCAGAAGUUUCACUCAGCAUCUAGCGAGGCGGAGGGAAUGGUCAACGUUUCAGUUCGAGGCUGCUGUAAACCAUCCCUCCACCUCCACAGAUGCUGCUCGACCUGCCGAGUUCCUCCAGUGGUUCGUUGUACACUCCGGGUUCCAGCAUCUGCUGUCUCCUGUCUCUCCAGCAGUUUCACUCCAACCGUUGCUGAUGUUCGAUCCCUAUAUUCCAGAUUUAAUUUACAUUGUUUCAGUUCCUUUGCUGCUGUGCUGGGAUUUGAACUCGUGCCUCCAUCUGACUGCUCACCCAGAUUACUGGCCCAAUCAUGAAACCUCUCCCCAUCUGGGCCCAACCCAUCAAGGGAGCUUCUGUUGUGUGUGAAAGCUGGAGCUUGCUCCAGAGGGGGCAAGGACACAGAUUCAGGGACAGAAUCCUGUCUGUACAAGUCAGGUUAAAAAAAAGAGUAAGUGGUGCUGUAUUUGUAAAACUGAGCAGGAAUAAAGUUUGAACUUGUAUAUUCUGGCCUGCUGUGUGCUCAAUGACAGGUUGGUAUCCUCAGAUGACCCCAUAUCAUUCCGAAUCCAACUACCUGCCCUUGUGAGUGGUUGCUGCUCAUCUGCCUGACCGCUGUUGGAC